UGUCGGCUGUGCGAUGCCACUACAUCAAACCUCGCGAUAUUUACUCUAUCGUCUACGAGUCGGCUCGUGACACCCGCGAGUUCUCCUUGUCUACACUUGGGUGUGUCGCGAAUCGGCCUCUGAUAUCACUCACUCAGGUUCCCUGUUGAGUCGCCUGGAAGUCAGGGACAUUCACGAAAUUGUCUUGUCUACACAUUCCUCCUGAAUCACGGUCUUUCGCUAUUGCUCCAGAGAAGCCCCACUGGUAAAGAUACGAUUAGCUUAUUAUAACCUCAUACCUCUCAUUUUGAAGCUACGUAGCAGAAGCGCGACUAGGAGAAUUCAAUCUGGCAGCAAAGAUGGUCAACGGAUUAGAGAGGCUGGAAAGGUUUUUUGGUGGUUCUAGGAAGAGGGAUAAAGACAGAGGGUCAAAAAACAGAGAACUUUCGGCUGUGUCUGCCCUUGAUGAUCAACAUUUCCCAGCGCCGUCGUUUAUGAAUCCGACGUCGAUACAUAUGAAACCUCGAGAGGAACCCAGUACAUGGUCUAGAGAAGCUAAAGAGCGCUCUCAGAGCUUACCUGGUCCGCAUGGAAAUCGGAAAAGACGGUCUUCAAUUGGUUCCAUCGGUGAUAUCUUGAAUCACCGAUACCAUCCCAGCGACCCGAUACAGCCUUUAUCAACACCUACCAGGAAUACCAAUCGUCCUCUUGGUACUCCGAGGUUAUCUCGAUUCAGGUUCCCAGAGGCUCUUACCAUGGACGAAAAGGGAGUCACAGCCAAAGAACGUACUGCCAAAGGCUCCCAAGAAGAGAGCAUAUUGGAUUGGUAUCCUCAGCGCGUAUCUUCACUGUUCAAUAAUCUCGGCUUGGAUACCUCUAUUGACGACCGUAUCGCCAAGUUGUCAUCAAACAAUGCGGGACCAUCAGCUUCUAAGCCACCAUCUCCGACCUUGUCUACGCCACCCUCGCCUCGGACGAGGGUAGACAUGAUUGAUAUACCACCUACACAGUCCUCCCGGAAACCAAGUAAAGCUUUGGCUGAAAAUUUCUCUUUCUCGCCGGGAACUCCGUCACCUUCGCCGAUCCCGAUCCCAACUCCUGACUCUCCACCUACUUCAGACAGUGAGGAAGAGUGUUCGCGUGCCUCGCACGACCGACUCGUGCCAGCUAAGGCUCUCGCAUCGCCUAUUCGAAUUACACCACAGCCAUCGCUUGAUUUUAACUCUGGAAAUAGUUCGGAAUUUUCGCACCCCACCAGGGAAUCGUGGGGUACCAGGCCACAAGACCCGGUACCUUUGGCUUGCACCCCAUUAGAAGAAAGCACAUUCAUGAUCCGAUCGCGAUUCGUGCGAAAGACUGGGAGUUUGGAUUCCCUAUCGACUAUUACUAAAUAUAGACCGAUCGAUCGCAACCUGAGGGAGCCUACUCUUGAUGACUUUUAUCGCCUCGAAGACGAUGAUAUUUUGGAGCGCGUACCUACCACACCUAAAGCAGAAGUCGAAGAUGACAUGCCACCAACACCACCGCCAAAGGAUUCGCCCAAAACUCCUAUCGGCAGAAGCCGUUCUAGUCGACAUAGGCCGAUUGCUCCCACAGUUGCGAUCAACUCCUCGUCUGGAGAGCUCACUCCGCCUCGUACACCAACGGAUUCUCAAUUCCUUACUUUGGCUUAUUCGCCAACCAACGCUUCUGGUGCAUUAGGCGCAAUGUGGGCAGCUAGCAUUGCCAAUGCCUAUAAUUUUGAUUUAGUGUACAUUGUUAGUCUCUGGCCGAAAGCAGAGGGAGACGGCUCGGACCCAUCACGACGAUCGACUUCCACGGAUCGUCAACGCAGAGCCCAGGAUGGAGAUCAUGCUGCGGCCCGAUGUUCUAUUGUCGCCAAUCCGAAAUCUGAGGUAACUGGUCGGAUACUUGCCGCAUAUGGCUUGAAUCAAUUUGGGUCGCCGUUUCGGAUUCACACACAAUUCCAUAAAAAGAUGCUUGGAUUCCAAGGUUGGAAAGAGUACCGCGACGAGCUUGCAUCUCCGGGCAUGAUAUCGCGAGGGUGGACCUGCUCUUUCUACAGUGAUCAUAUCACGACAAACCGGAAUGAGACUGGCGACACCCACGUAAGACAAGGUGGGAUGGCGAAUCGAGGAAUAGUGUUUGCCGCUUAUACUAAAAAGACGACGAAGUCCGCGAUUCCUGUGAUAUCAACGCCGAAACAGACGGCGGUACUCGGGAAGCUAUUUUACGAUGCACAGACGCUUGUUGACGCUCUAGUCCAUGGCACCUAAUCUAGUCUCACUAUUACAAAGUUCUUACAUGAAGAUUACAUAUAAACUAGGGGGCACAAGGAGUUAGCAUAGGUCUCACUUUUAGGAGGACAGCAUAUCAUCAGGCAUGUACCCGAUGAGUUGCGAUGAGUUACGACGGCGGUAAAGCAUGGCAUUCGUUACUAUUUGAUACCCCCAAUCUUGUUCACGGCGGACAGUCUCUUAAACAAUAUCGUGCCUGUUGGGUUGAAACUUUUCGACGAACGGGUUGUUUCUACAGAUGAAAUAUCUUAUAAAUUACAUUAAAUACGAAAACGUCAAUACUA